AUGAGUCAUAUUCAACAUCCCAGUACAUGUUGUUCGACUCUAGUCACUAUGCAAACGUUAAACCUGCUCUGAAAGUUGACUCAUGAACUUGGCAACUAAUCAGAUAAUCUAUGCUCCUUCACAAGAUCAAUGGAAUUUCAAACAACGUUACGUAUGGUUCAGUACAGGGACACGGUAUAUGUAAACAAGAUUGGGAGCAUCUACUGCUCAGUCCCUUGGGAUAUCGACUUCCAUAUCCAUAUUAGGUGUCCUCAUAUAAGGCUUGCCUUUUGGGGUUUGCAAGGGAGAGUAGACUACGAGUACAGUAGUCUUGUGUUGUAUGGUAGUGCAGUGUAAGCAAUAUGGGUUGUCUCCACACUGAUGACAGUUCACUAGGAAAGGGCUACAGGAAUGGGAUACUUCUCUGGUAACAGAUUCCACAUGGAAAGGUGGCAAUACAUUAUAUGGAAACCAAGGAAACCGAGGACACUCUGUCACGAUCUCAAACUCCAGAACCUAAUCCAUCCCCUUAUCUAUCCA